GAAAGCGACGUCGGGGUCAAUGAAAACAAACGGGGAGCCCGGGGGGAAGGAAGGCAGGCGGGGAGGAGGAAACGCCGGGGCGUGGAAGGGAGCAGCCGGGCCGCGGAAGCGCGAGCGGGGAGGCCGGCUGCGGGCGCGUUUUUGCCGUUGUAGCGGGAGCGGCCGCCGAGGCUCGCCCGGGGAUGUCUGAGGCUGCGCCUCGCGGCCCCCGAGCUCCACGCGGCGCCCGCCGUCUCAGCCUCUAAGGGCCGCCACGUCCCGGCGGCGCGCGCGGGCUGAGGGCGGCGUCGUGCCGGCGCGGGGCGCCUCGGGAGGGGGCUCGGACAGACCGCCAGGGGCUGCCCCAGGCUCCGCGCCUACCCAGCAGCGCGGCCGCGCCGGGCCAGGAGGAUGCGCGGUGCGGGGCUCUGAAGCAUGGAGGGGGUUCUGUACAAGUGGACCAACUAUCUCACAGGUUGGCAGCCUCGUUGGUUUGUUUUAGAUAAUGGAAUCCUAUCCUACUAUGAUUCACAGGAUGAUGUUUGCAAAGGGAGCAAAGGAAGCAUAAAGAUGGCAGUUUGUGAAAUUAAAGUUCAUUCAGCAGACAAUACAAGAAUGGAAUUAAUCAUUCCAGGAGAGCAGCAUUUCUACAUGAAGGCAGUGAAUGCAGCUGAAAGACAGAGGUGGCUGGUUGCUCUGGGGAGCUCCAAAGCAUGUUUGACUGAUACUAGGACUAAAAAAGAAAAAGAAAUAAAUGAAACCAGUGAGUCUCUGAAAACCAAAAUGUCUGAACUUCGCCUCUACUGUGACCUCCUAAUGCAACAAGUUCACACAAUCCAGGAAUUUGUUCACCAUGAUGAGAAUCAUUCCUCUCCCAGCGUAGAGAAUAUGAACGAAGCCUCUUCUCUGCUUAGUGCCACAUGUAAUACAUUCAUCACAACACUUGAGGAAUGUGUGAAGAUAGCGAAUGCCAAGUUUAAACCUGAGAUGUUUCAACUGCCCCAUCCGGAUCCCUUAGUUUCUCCUGUGUCACCUUCUCCUGUUCAAAUGAUGAAACGUUCUGUUAGCCAUCCUGGUUCUUGUGCUUCAGAGAGGAAUUGCCACCCUGUAAAAGAACCAGUGUCUACACUUCACCGACUCUCCCAGCGACGCUGGAGAACUUACUCAGAUACAGACUCUUGUAAUGACAUUGCCCUCGAAGACCCAGAUAGACCCAUUCACUGUUCAAGAAAUACACUUAAUGGAGAUUUGGCAUCAGCAACCAUUCCUGAAGAAAGCAGACUUACGGCCAAAAAAAAAUCUGAAUCAGAAGAUCCUCUUCCAUCCUUCUCUUCCUGAAGAAACUGAAGUGUCCAACUUCCUCUAAGUAUUGCUAUGCAAAAGCUGCUGUAAUUAAACUGUUGUUAUGGGAGUAGUUUUUCCCUUUAGGAUUUCUCUGCACUUUAUAUGUAGAAUAUUGUAAAACAAACAAAUGAAAAAGCAACCUACAUACUUUUGAAGUGUAUUUUAUCUUUAUAUAGUUUGUUUCCAAGAGUAUUUUCCUAAUAACGUCACAGUAUGAAUGUGCAUCUUUUUUUUUUUUUUUUUUAAAAAGAAACAACAAAUGAUGGUGUAACAUUUUGACAUCCGUAAAUACAAAUGUAGAUAUUUUUCUAAAAAAACUGUGAGGGACUGACAGUUUGGUCAGUGUGUAUUGUAGAUUAUAAACAUGAAAUCUUAAAAGGUUUCAGUUUGACAGAGUGUGGUAUAUAUAACUUGUGCCAUGGACCAAAUGGUCAUUUUACCCCAGCUAAAAAUGAGUUGCAAUAGCAGCUUGAUGGUGAUUGUAUUGUAUUCCUUUAAUCAAAAAGGAAAUACUUAAUAAUCUAAAUACCUGUAGCCCAAAUAUCAUGAGAUACUGAGCAUUUUUAAACAACCAGACUAUAUUGUCCUUUGUAUGUGAAGUUGACACUACUGAUUUGUCAAUACCAAAUGUUGGGUUAAAGUAUUUAAUUUUUAUUUAUUUAUUUUUUGUUUUAUCAAAAGAUGUUUGCAUCCUAACUUUUGUGACCUACCAAAUUUAAGAUGUGUAUACAUUGUUAUUUACAUUGUUCUAGAAAAGAGGUUGAUAUUGUGGUGACCUUGCUCACUUAUACCAGAGAAAUAAAGCAACUUUCAAUGGAAGAGGAUUUUAGUGCUUUUUUUCCUAAAAUAGACAUUAAGCUGCUGUUGUAAGGUAUUGUUUGCAGCUCUUUAGAAUAUCCAGAGACAUUUUUAUUUAUGACUAUUUAUUAAAAAAAAAAAAAAGGAACUCUGUCAAGGUGACUGCUUUGUCACUUGAGGAUGGCAUUAUUAAAGAACAAAUAGCAUUUUUUGGUCGUCCCUGUCCAUAUCUGUUGUUAGUGUUUACCUUGUAAUCUGUUUUUUUGAAUUCACUUUGGGGUGGUGGCUUUGUCCAAAGUUUUGGUUGAGGAGCACUUUAAACAAACUGUUUUGGUGUUUUUAAGUUAAUCAUAUGUUUAAUAAAUAUGUGGUUUUUGCAUUCAAACUCAUCAUAUAAUGCUUUGUAUUUUAGACAUUCA